AAACACACAAGCUCCGCAGCCAAGCUCCUAAAUCCGGGUGAUAUACAACUGUCUAGACGAGCCAGCGGUCGCACGAGUGGCCCACGGCAUCGCCUGGACGCACAGCGCUGGCGCAUCGACUCUCUUCGCACGCAUAUUCUCGUAGAGGCUCCAAAGCCAGAGGGCGCGCGGCGCACAGUGGUCGCAUAAAUACGCCUCGAGGGAAGCGGAGGUCGCAGACGAGGCUGUACAGCCUCGAGGCGCUAAGAUAUGGCCGACCCCACGCCACCGUCCCCCGCGAAAGACGACGACGACGCCAGCGACGGCGGCGACGAGGAUCUAUUGAAAGUGGACCUCCUCGCGACGCUGGACGACGCGCUCGCGUACAUCCAUCAAAGCUUUCCGCAAGACGACGAGGCGGGCAAGGUACGAGCGCGGGACGCCGCGCUGCGCGUCGCGGACGAUCUUCUUGGAGGCGACCCGGCCGGCCGCGAUCUGAUGGACGACGCGAUCGACGUCCUGCAGACGCGCACCCUAAAGCGCGUCACGGCGCGGCCCUCGGGGCGAAGCUUCGUUGCUGUGGAUGCGGCCUUCGGCGGGACGAAUGGAGGCCGCUACGCAUGUUGGACAGACUUCUGCACCUGCGAGAAAUUUGGGGAGGCGGCGGCGCGCGUUUCUACGAAAGUGCUCUGCAAGCACAUGCUCGCCGCGAGAUUGGCGCCCCUCUGUUCAAAAAUGGAGGCCCAGGACAUUUCUGAUGAUCAGUACCAUUCUUACAUCUCUUGUCGCUAUGUUGAACUGUAAUAAAA